AUGCCAUCCUACUGGAACCUUGGCGGUCUGCACUACUUCCUGGACGCGACCCGUGGUCCAUGGUGCCAGAAAUUCUCAGAAGGUCACCUCGACAGAUGUCUAAGGGUGGAGCCUGAGCACCCUGACGGCGCUGUACAUCGUAUCUUUGCUAGAUCCAACUUCAGCCGCCUCAGCAUAUAUGCCGGCCUCGAAAAGCCGGUUCACGAAUGGCUAGAUCCGGAAUGGACAAUAAACCAAACUUUCUACGACCGAAUUCGACCUGCCCUAGUGCUAGCCACACGACUACUCGAGGAGAACGCAGAAUUCCUCGACAGGAUCGUUUACGGCAAGAUCGGGCACCGAGCUGGAAAAUUAACUUAUAUUCUCGAGCACCAGCUUACCCAAGAACAACACGUUUUCCCAGACGCGUUCGAUUACCUGUACAACUUCCAGAUCUUCACCGGCCACUGCGAACCACGUCCCGUCGAUAACUGGUACGCAUUCACCAAAGCUGGACAAUAUCCCGAACUGGCUUGGAAGCAUAUGGAGACACAAGCCAUCCAGAUCAACAACAGAUUUGUGACCGCCUUUUCCGACUACCACUACGGAACACUGGCACCCAAGCUCAAAGAGAGACUUCUCGUCACACUCGCGUUUACCCUCGUCCACGAAAUGGUACAUAUUUGCGCAAACUACAAAAGGAUCGAGCUCUUGAAAGACGGACGGCAUGAUCUAGUCGAAAUGAAGAGCCGGAAACUAUGGUUCCCAGAACCCCUCCUGACUUCUGAAGACGCCAGGGGUGAGCUCGGAGAAGCCUGGGAGCAUUUAUCUUUUGGGGGCAUGGCUUAUUUAUUCUCUGCGGAUAGUAGGGAGGGCUCAGAGGGGAAACCCAUCCCUAUCCUAGGAUCUACCCAUUUAGCAUGCCUCCAACGCUCGACGGCCGCCGAGAGCAGAAACCCACACACAGCCAAAGAAAUCGACGCGGCCUCCUUCCUCAACGACGACUGCUGGCAAUUGUUCAGGAUGCUGCGGGGUGGCGAUCUCGCAUCGACAUAUAAAUCCGUUGCAGGCACCCGAAUGCUGGAGCAGAUGGAAACGGCCGCCUUCAUGGAUCAAUUCAAGCAAAUUGUGGGGCGUUAUCCAUCGCCAACCGAGAUCAAGGAUCACCAGAAUGAGGACGACGUUGAAAGUCAGUCCUAUUCAGACGAGUCGUCGCCAGAGGUCCCCAUCAUCCCAUCGGACAGUGGCAUUAAAGACCUGGUUGGUGCUGAGCCAGAAACGGCUCCAUCGCCCCAGGACAAGCGCGCCGACUACUCCGAGGCUUGGCUUGCUCUUGGUAACGUUUCAAACGGCAGCCGCAUGGGAAAAGGGUUAAGGGGUAUGCACGGGAGAAGACGGACAUUCACCAGACGGUAG